AUGUCGUCGUCGCCAGUGAGGCCUUCUAACGAUGACACUCCUCAGGAUUCGGGUUCCCACUCGAACCUGAACUCCCAAUCCCAAACUCAAAGAGGAGCUUCGUCGCCUCUUUUCUUCCAGCCUUCUUCAGACAACAAUCCUCCUUCAGAUAUCAACAUUGGCUCGGAUAUCAACCCUCCUUCUGAUAUCAAUCUUGCUUCUGAUAUCCACCUCGGCUCGAAUAACCUUUCGUCUGACCAUGCUCGUCUGUCUCAAAGCGUUUCGUCUCCUCUUAGGUAUCCAUCAUCUCAGGGUACUCUUGGCCUGGAAGGUCCAAGCUCGAGACAACGUUCUGAUAAUGUGACUUCAGACGUGGACAGAAUCAGAAGAAGACCAGUGAGAUCCGACUUGUACGGAGACGCGUCGGCAUCGCCAAGAAGAAGAAUGUUCGAUGGUGGUCAGCUUUCCAGUGAGAGAGGCCACCAGCCCAGUCUGUCUAGUGCUUUGGGCUCGUCUCUGUUGGGCUCUGAAGAUACUGCUGAGCCUGUUAGAGUGAUUUGGGGUACCAAUGUGUCGAUUCAGGAUUGUACCAACUCGUUCAGAGACUUUCUUAUGCUGUUCAAGAUGAAGCACAGAAAGGCUAUGGACGAGCAGCCUGUGGAGCCAGAGGACCUGGAGCUCUACUAUGUGGGCCAGCUCAACAAUAUGAGAGACUUGGGUACUACAAACUUGAACUUGGACGCUGCUAACUUGUUGGCUUACCCUCCUACGCGUAAGCUCUACUACCAGCUUAUCAACUACCCACAAGAAGUGAUUCCUAUUAUGGAUCAGACCGUGAAAGACUGUCUUGUGUCGCUUUUCCUGGACCUGACCACCAAUCCACCCGCCUCUAUUGACGAUAUCGAGACCAACAUCUAUACUAUUCGUCCUUACAACAUCAACUCUGUGCGUCGUGGUAUGCGUGAGUUGAACCCCAACGACAUUGACAAGUUGGUCAGCGUCAAGGGAUUGGUGUUGCGGGCCAGUGCCAUUAUUCCCGACAUGAAGGUGGCUUUCUUCAAGUGUAACGCCUGUGACCAUACCAUGGCCGUGGAGAUUGACCGCGGUGUUAUCUCUGAACCAACUCAGUGUCCAAGACAGGUCUGUGGUCAGAAGAACUCCAUGUCUCUUAUCCACAACCGUUCUUCUUUUGCCGAUAAGCAGGUGAUUAAGUUGCAAGAAACUCCUGAUUUGGUGCCUGAUGGACAAACUCCUCACUCUAUCAAUUUGUGUGUCUACGACGAGCUAGUUGAUAGUUGUCGUGCUGGUGACCGUAUUGAAGUCUGUGGUAUCUUCAGAUCCUUGGCUGUUCGUGUCAAUGCCCGCCAGAGAGCUUUGAAGAACUUGUACAAGACUUAUUUGGAUGUGGUCCAUAUUAAAAAGAUUGACAAGAAGAAAUUGGGCGCUGAUCCAUCUACCAUGCUGCAGAGAGCUACUGAUACCAACGAGGUGGAACAAGUUAGACAAUUGAGCGCUGAAGACAUUGCUCGUGUGAAGGAGAUCUCUCAAAGAGAUGACUUGUACGAAGUGUUAGCUCGUUCUUUGGCUCCAUCUAUUUAUGAGAUGGACGAUGUCAAGAAGGGUAUUUUGCUUCAGCUCUUUGGUGGUGCCAACAAGCAGUUCCAGAAGGGUGGUAGAUACAGAGGUGAUAUCAAUAUCUUGCUUUGCGGUGAUCCUUCUACCUCCAAGUCCCAGCUUUUGCAGUAUGUUCACAAGAUCUCUCCAAGAGGUAUCUAUACUUCUGGUAAGGGUUCUUCCGCUGUUGGUUUGACCGCCUACAUCACCAGAGAUAUCGAUACCAAGCAGCUUGUGUUGGAGUCCGGUGCUCUUGUGCUUUCCGAUGGUGGUGUCUGUUGUAUUGAUGAGUUUGAUAAAAUGAGUGAUGCUACUAGAUCUGUGUUGCACGAAGUUAUGGAACAGCAGACUAUUUCUAUUGCCAAAGCAGGUAUUAUCACUACAUUGAAUGCCAGAACUUCCAUCUUGGCUUCCGCUAACCCUAUCAACUCUCGUUACGACCCUAACUUGCCAGUUACCAGUAACAUUGACUUGCCACCACCAUUGUUGUCUCGUUUUGAUCUUGUGUACUUGAUUUUGGACAAGGUUGAUGAAUCUAUCGACAGACAGUUGGCUCGUCAUAUUACUGACAUGUACUUGGAGGAUGUUCCAGAAAGCGUUUCUGCUAAUGCUAUUCUUCCAGUUGAAACCCUUAGUGUCUACAUCCAAUAUGCUAAGGAGAACAUCAACCCACAGAUCACCAACGAAAGUAAAUCUGAGUUGGUGAGGGCUUAUGUCGAUAUGAGAAAGCUUGGAGACGAUGCCAGAUCCUCUGAGAAGAGAAUUACAGCCACCACCAGACAACUUGAGUCGAUGGUUCGUUUGGCUGAAGCCCAUGCCAAGAUGAGAUUGAGUCCUACUGUGGACCUCAUUGACGUGAAGGAAGCUGUUCGUUUGAUCAAGUCUGCCAUCAAAGACUAUGCCACUGAUCCUAUUACCGGAAGAAUUGAUAUGGAUAUGGUUCAAACUGGUACGACGUCAGCUCAAAGAAGAAUGCAAGAGGACUUGUCUCAUGAGUUGCUUUCUUUGCUUGACGAUAGUCCUAACCAGCAGCUUCGGUUCAAUGAGCUUGUGGCCAAGCUUAACGAGAAGCUGAGUAUCAGAAUAGAGAAUAGCGACCUUAACGAGUGUAUUCGCAGGUUGCAGCUGGAGGGUAAGGUCGUCGAGGCUGGUGACACUCACAGAAGAAGUAUCAGGAAGUUGGCAGUCGUCUAA